UUUGGUUUCUCAAAAAAUAACCAAAAAGGAGAUAGAAAAAAUUGUAGUUUCGAGGGAGGGACUCGAAGAUUGAAAUUCGGGAGUAGACAGGGGAAGCUUUGGUGUCGCAAGAUAACCCACACACAAGUGGCUUUGGUUCGCUGAAAGAGACUCCGAAAACCACAGUUGGCACCUUCAACUUCAGCUUCGGCUUCUUCUCGGCCAUGGCAAUGUCCAUGGCUGUGGUUCGCCCUUCACCAUUUCUCGGCGACAUCGAUUUUGGCCUUGGAGGCUUAUCAUGUAGAAAACACUUUCUAAUUCCCAAUCACACAUCAAGAAUAAAAGCACUCUUUUGGCAACCUAAGAAGCCUGUGGAACCUCCUGAAAUGUAUCUCUCCUUAAACAACUUCACAUUGACCAAAAUCCAUACCAAGGAAGAAUCAUCAGAAACUGAGAAAGCUAAAAAGAUAUCAGUUUCUGUAGUCUCUUCAAUUUUAGAAGUUCCUUCUAGUGAUUGGGAUGCAUGCAGUCUUGAUGCUACUGGUGUACAACAAUUUAAUCCUUUUCUUUCUCAUGGAUUUCUUUCAAGCCUAGAGGAAUCAGGCUCUGCAAUUAAGGAAACAGGAUGGCUGCCACGUCACAUAGUUGCAUACGAUGAAGAUAAAAAUAUCAUGGGCGUGAUCCCAUUGUAUCUAAAAAGUCAUUCAUAUGUACCUGGUCCAAGGAUCUUAUUGAGAAACACUUCAUACAAAGAUCAAGUGUUUGACAUUUUAGUAUCUGCUAUGAAGGAUUUGGCAAUUAAGUUUGAAGUUUCAUCAUUACACAUAACCUUUUCCUCUGAACAAGAAUGGAAUGCAUUGAAGGGUAAAGGAUUCCUGCAAAGGACUGGAAUGCAAUAUCACUGGAAAAACCGCAACUACAAAAAUUUUGAUGAUUUCUUGAUGGACAUGAAGCAAAGCAAAAGAAAAAAUAUUCGACAAGAACGCAAGAAGAUACCUGCGCAAAAUCUGACAAUGAAACGUCUGCGGGGUUACGAAAUUAAGGCUAAGCAUUGGGAUACAUUUUAUACAUUCUACAGGAACACCACAGACAACAAGUGGGGUACUCCUUAUCUAACAAGAGAAUUUUUCCAUAUGAUGGGAUCAAAAAUGGAGGAUCAUGUAAUGCUAAUUGUGGCUGAGGAAGGGGAGGAGGUGGUGGCCGGAGCUCUUAAUCUUAUUGGCGGAGAUACAAUUUAUGGGCGGCUGUGGGGGUGUCUGCCACGUGUCUAUUAUCCAAGUUUGCAUUUUGAAGCAUGCUACUAUCAGGCAAUUGAGGCUGCGAUUGAGCUAAAUUUGGAGAAAGUAGAGGCAGGAGCUCAAGGGGAGCAUAAAAUCCAACGUGGCUAUCUACCUGUCACCACGUACAGCUGUCAUUAUUUACUAGAUGAAGGUUUUAGACAAGUCAUUGGCAACUUUUUGUCUCGAGAAACAGAUCAGGUGAAGCUUGUUACAGAACUGAUCAAGGAUUCUGGUCCUUUCAAAGAUGGGAUAAUUUAAGGCAAAAAACAUGAAAUGAAAUGAUUUGGAAUUUAUAUAAUGUUAGGUAGAAUGUUGGGUGGAAUUUGUUGAGCAAGAAAUAGGAAAAAUAUAAAAAAAGUUAAAAGGGCAAAAAGGUAAAUUGACUUCAUUCCUGGUAAAACAAUUGUAUAUAUAGUGCUAUUGUAGAUAUAAUUUAACUUGUAUAGUAAUGGGGUAAACGAUGGACUUCCCUUGAGGCCGGACCCAUGAUUAUAUUUAAUUGCUUUUUUCA